CCAGCUUAAACGUGGGCUCGCGUGGGAAGUUCCUCUUUCCUGGGUCUAAAAUGAAUAAAAUGGACCCUGGGACAAUAAUAUCGAUCGUCCAACUCUCACUCUCCGGCGUCGAACUGGUCACCAAAGUUGUCCGAGAAUUCUUCGGCGGUAAUGAUAAAGUGCCAGACAAACUCAAGCGCCUGAGGGAUCGCCUUACACAAUUCCACAACGCUGUUGAAGACGUAAAACAAUCUACGGAAAAUAAUGCGUCAUCGAGCCGUGCAUACCGAGGGGCUGACUCUGUUAUCGAAACCCUUACCGAGUGCAACGAUUUUUUGCGUCAGUAUGCGUCGGCCUUGUCAGCAGAUCGGACACCUUUGGGAGCUACCCAACGAGUUUACUUACUCGUUGGCCCAGAGAGUGUUAGGAUAGAGGAUUUUGAUAAGAGAAUAAUGAACCACUAUGUAGAGCUCCAAUACUGGAAAACCGGGCGUUUGGAAACAGCAGUUGAAAAUCUGAGAACCUCGAUAAACGAAAUGAACGAGAUAAAUCAGUUGGCCUUUCGAACAAGACACAGUUACAGUCAUCCACAUCGAGCGCAUGGUUCGCCACGACUGCCCGAUUCACCCGGAGUAUUUAGCGAUGAAUUUCUACAUGAGCCUUCCACAAGCCGGGACGUGGCCCAACCCGGUUUUCCUAGAUCACCUAAGAUCAAUCCCAGCCCAGUUAACCCUUCGCUACCUUCGAUAGAUGAACUCCCUUCGCCACAAUUAAUAUCGAGUUCACUACCGGAUGUAGGAUCGCACGGGCUCCCUCGUCGAACCGGCCCUGUCUUGACAUACCUUAGACGUGGCACCGACAGUACGCUCGUCGAAGAGGAAGAACCCAUCAACUCGGGAGCACAAGCUCAAAUCCCAACGUCACCAUCACAAUUUCGAACUCCAGGCUAUUCAGUGUUGUUACGCAUCGACUCCCACCAAUAUCAGUUUAGCACUACUGGCUACAGAAUUUUCAACGUUCUCAAUAGUAGAGUGAUCGAAUGGCAUAACCCUCACAGUACAAUUACGGUUUUGCAUUAUGUUCACGGAAACUCCAGCAUACCACAUACUAUACCUGAGGACAAGAGGUCUAGGGUGUUCUUUCUCCCGAAGGAUGUUAAACAUAACUUCAAAGUUACCAAGGCCGAUGGCCAGCCGCAAACGAUUAGUGGGAAGCCCGAGUACGAAUUCUAUCGCAAGGCAGACCGAGAAGUUUUCCAGAAGAACAUCCGAGACUGCGAGUCCCUGGAAAUGAUAAGAGCCCUGAAAAUGCACAGCGCCGCGGAUAACAAUAUUGCGAUAAAAUUUCACCUCAAAGUUUGGCGAAAAAAUAGCCUAAACGACAAACCGACAUUCUCCUUCGCAGCGCACGAAAUUGGACAGCCUAAUCACCAAGUGGAGUUUCUCAUACGUUGGUUCAAGAAGACACCGGAACUAAAGGGGGAUCAUAAGUUAAUAUUGAAGGUGUACUCCGGAGAGCCCGACCCGGAGACAGAACCUGAAACCGAUGCAACAAAAAGGCGACUAUCGUUUAGAAGGCAAUCUCUGAAUUCGACACAGACGAGUACUUCGCGUUCGAGUUCGCGACAGCGGUCUUCUUCGGCAAGAGCACCACUUCCGACCCUAUACGAGUUUCAAGGGAUAGAACCGCCGGGUGACGUUCGAAAGCUCGGGCACCUUGAAAUCGAAUUCUUGACUCAAGAGCUUCGAAAAGCCUUCAUCAAGGCAUGUUACGAAGCACACCGUCCCGCUUGGGAGGCUUUAAGACGAGACGGCACCCCAAGCCCGGUCUCUCAACGCUCGUCAUAUUCGCGACCUCCGAGCUGGACCUUGGGGCCAAAUCAAGGCCCAUACGAGCUAGAAAGUUCGAAUAUACAUGAGAUGGAAGAUUCCGGAAGACACGAACUAAUGGGCGAACCAGUGUUCCGAAUCCCUUCCCCGAGCAUGAGUUUCACGACACCACAUUUCGCUGAGGAAGUCCAAUUCAAUACACAAUCUCUCUUCACACCAGCGCGAGAGUUCAAGCACGAGCGAGAUCCCAGUCCAGCGGCUACCGAAGAUUACGAUAGAGGACCCUACUCUCGCGAGCCAGGGUAAAGCCUCAAAAAUAUGAAUAUUUACGAUUAUCUGCUUUUGCAUCUAUUGAACCACAACAAUACCUACGGGCUUUGUCUCGGAAGUAAUACUAGCAUUGGCAUUAUUAAAGAUUACGAUGUUGCGAUGAAGUAGAUGAGAAUGAUUUUAAUACGAUGCGUUUAAUGUAUAGAAAGCCUGGCUUUAGGGCGAUUAAUUCUUGUUACAAAUAGCCCACUUCUCGAUGUAGAUAUACUAUAGAUUGUGAUUACCUAGCUCUACCAAUUUUAUUUGCAUUUUCGAACCAGA